CAGUUGCCUGGCAACGGCGCCAUCUUGUGUUUAGAAAAGUUAGUUUGUUGGACAAUGGAGCCGAUCGGCUGAUCAAUCUUUUCAGACGGGAGUUGGUCGCCGAAAAAAAGACCAAAAUGCCGAAGAAAGGCAAGAAGGGAGGGAAGGGGAAGAAGGGAAAGAAGGGGAAGGGAAAGGGAAAGAAGGGGAAGAAGGGAGAGAAGGUCUCCAAGGAGAAGAAGGAGGAUGUGGUUGCCCAGGCGAUGGCCAGCGCCAAGAUCUGGGAGAUGAGACUGGAGGCGACGGAGAAGUCACGGAUGGAGUUCAGGGAGAACGCUAAAUUUCUUCUGCUGGAGAAUGACAAACUCCAGACGAGCAUGGAGCAAACGGAGAAGGACACCAUCGAUGUCAUCUCCUUCUUAAGGAAGGAGGACCAGACAAAGGACGAGCAGAUUACCAAGUUGCAGCACCAGGUGAAAGAGAUGAAGAGGGAGGGGAGGAAGGACAAGGAAAAGCUGAUCGAGGAGUUCAGCGCCCAGAUUAACGGUCUGGAGGAGCGGCUCGGCGAGAAGGACAGCGAGGUCAAGCUCAUGCAGAGCGAGCUCAAACUCGUCAAGGAGUUCCGCCGCAAACGGGCGCAGAUGCAGAAGGACCUGGACGAGAUCAAAGACCAACUCUUCAUGGCCAACAAGGAGCACAAACACAACCUGUCCAAGAUGGAGCACAAGUUCUUCGAAGAAAAGAUCAAGCUACAGCAGGAGGCCAGUCAGAAGAUUGCUGAGUUGGCAGAAAGAGCACACACAGAGGCUAUCGAGAAACUUGACGAGACGACGCGGUCGGUGUACAAGGAGAAUGUGAGGCUGAAUGAGGCGCUGAGUUAUCACAUGAAGGAGGCGUCGGAGCUGAGGAAGGAACGCGACCGGCUUCUCGAGGAGAACAAAGCACUGGCUGGGGAGAAGGAACUUAAUGACCUUGUCGUCAACGAGAAGGUCGUACAGCACCGAGAGCAGAAGGUGCAGCUCAAAGAGCUACAGCAGAAGGUAGAGAGCCUGGAGCGCUCGCUGAGUCACGUGGUACAGGAGUUCGAGACGGAGCGCGGCGCCAUCUUCACGCAGACCAUGGUGGAGACGGAGUCUUCCCGCGUGGAGAUCGCCAAGCUGCAGCGCGUCCUCGACAUGAAGGAUCGGGAGAUGAAGAAGGUGAAGCGACUCGCGAGGAACAUCCUCGACCAGAGAACGGAGGUGGAGAGGUUCUUCCUGGACUCACUGGAGUACGUCAAACAGGAGAUAGCAGCAAACAGGGCUCAGUACCUCCGGGAUGCGCGGAUGGUUUACCAGAAGAAGAUGAUGGCUGCGCAUGCCGGCCAUGGCGACUUUCCGCGCGUACGGACCUUCAACAAGAUGGACGGGAGCACCAACACUGUCUACAGUGAUCUGGAAGAGGCGGAGAGAUGGACGGGGGUCGGCGGGAAGGUUGACCUUGCUGACCUGACCUGGGAGCAGAAGGAGAAGGUGCUGCGGAUGCUGUUCGCCAAGAUGAACGGAACGAGAGAAGCGAACCGGAGACCGCCGGCCAUCCCGCCCAUCCGGACAAAAACACAGCCAACACUCAGCAUCACACAGAAGGGAGAGAGACCUGGUCCCCCCGUGGACGACCUUGGUGACAGCACGUUCCUGACCACAGCGAGCGUCGGCGAGGACGGACAGCUCAGCCUGCCGCCCGUAGAUCCAGCUGGGGCCGCGCUGUCCACUUCUGCUGUCCAGGACACAGCAGCACAGCCUGAGGCAGCUGUCGUCUCAUAGUCAUGGAGGGAACAGCAUAGGCAGGACCGGACCAUCUCAACACAAUGUCAUAAUCAUACAUAAGCCAUGACAUGACAGCUGAAGGGGGUGUGCUAUUCACCUCUGCUGUCCAGGACACAACAGCAUAGCCAGAGACAGCUGUCAUGUCAUAGCCACAGAGAACAGAACAGACAGGACUGGACUAUUCUAACAUGACCCCAAGAUCACCUAACAUUGGUCAAUUUAGAUCUGGGAAGUCCUUUGUCAAAUUUAAUUGUUUACCCCUGCCGUUAGCAUUUACAUUCCAACUUGUUUCUAGAGGCGCACUUUCUCCUAAGCCAUGACAAUGUUCCUCUGCCAUACAAGUAAUGCAUUGAGAUAAUUGCAUCGAAAACAUUUCUAAGAGUCCUUUCUGGUAUAAAGUGACAGAAAUUACUAAACAUUUGGAAUCUUAGAAAAGACAUGUUAUUUCAAACAGAUGCUGAUUUGUUAACUACCUGUAUGUAGGUUCUGUCCUGUACUGUGGAAGUGAAGUACUGCUGGGAUGACUAAGCAAACGAACGGCUCAAAUAUUUCUAGUCUGUCUACGAUGCCACCUGUCGUCAGAAAUCAUAACAGCCUUCUACUGUAGUUCUACCAUGGUUAUUACAGUGUGUAUUUUGUAAAUAAGAUUUGGUACAAGAAGUAUUUUAGCAUUGAAUUUUGUAGUCGCGAGUGUUAUACAAAGGAAAAUGUACAGAAAGUAGUAAACUUCAUUAAAUACAAACUCA